UGAAACUGAGAUGACAUACCUGAUGCUUAUUAUUGAAGAUAUUAGCCGUACUUCUUUGUUUGACAAAACUUACUGGUAUAUCUUAAAGAAUAACAUUUUCCUUGUGCAGGCCUGGGUUACUACUAUCUCGUUGGCUAUUUGUAACGAUUUUGAUCUGCUCGAAAUGCUGAAGAAGGAAGAAGAAAUGCUUUCUUCUAUAAAGGAGAAACAGCUAAAGGAAGGGGAAAGGGAAUUUUCUGAGGCUAUCCUUGAUGAUCGUACCAAGAAAGCAGAGGCAUGGCAUCGUGAUGCUGCAGCUCGUUCACGUUAUACACAACCUGCAGCACCUAUCACAUGUGCUACAUUUGCUCAAGAUGUUAUAGAAGGAAGGGAAAAUGUUUCGCAGGCACAUGACCACGAACACCAGCCAAUGAUCUUUGGACCACAAAGUCUUAUAUGCGGAAGCCUAACAAGUGAGAGGGAAAGGAUGGCAGCACAGGUUUUCCAACCUGCUUAUAGGUAA